ACAGCUGCCAAUCAGAGCCCAGCAACCAGCGUCCGGUUUCCUCAGCGAGCUCGGCAAGCAAGGGGCGGUGGGGGGUCAAAGAUACGCAGAGAAACGGGCUGCUGGUGGCGAAGAUGGCGGAUGGGGACAGUGGCAGUGAGCGCGGUGGUGGAGGCAGCAGCAGCGGCGGAGGGGGAGGAGGAGGAGGCGGCAGCGGAUUUCAGCAAUACCAGCGGGAAGUGGAGACCCAGGAGCUGGCGUCGAAGCGGCUGGACAUUCAGAACAAACGCUUCUACCUUGAUGUAAAGCAGAACGCCAAAGGCCGGUUCAUCAAAAUCGCCGAGGUUGGCGCUGGGGGCUCGAAAAGUCGGCUGACCCUCUCUAUGUCAGUUGCGGCAGAGUUCCGCGACUACCUGGGCGAUUUCAUAGAGCACUACGCCCAGCUUGGGCCUAGCACCCCGGAGCAGAUCGCUCAAUCAUCCGGUGGGGAUGACAGCGGGCCUAGACGUGCCCUGAAGAGCGAGUUCCUGGUGCGUGAGAACCGAAAAUACUACCUCGACCUGAAGGAGAACCAGCGGGGUCGGUUUCUCCGGAUACGGCAGACCGUCAACCGAGGCCCCGGUUUCGGAGUUGGAGUGGGUGGCAUACCCGGGGCUGGCCUGCAGGCCGGACAAACCAUUGCACUACCGGCUCAAGGCUUAAUAGAGUUUCGUGACGCUUUGGCCAAGUUGAUAGACGACUACGGGGGAGAUGAGGAGGAGCUGGCCGGCGGUGGUGGGGCCGGGGGCUACAGCGAGCUUCCGGAGGGCACCUCGAUCAUGGUGGACUCCAAGCGGUUCUUCUUUGACGUUGGGUCCAACAAGUACGGAGUUUUCUUACGGGUGAGCGAAGUGAAGCCCAGUUACAGAAACUCUAUAACAAUCCCCUUCAAGGCGUGGGGCAAGUUCGGGGGAGCGUUCAGCCGCUACGCCGAGGAAAUGAAAGAGAUCCAGGAGCGGCACCGGGAUAAGAUGUACGAGAGGAGAGCCGGAGAGGAGUCGGAGGGCGACGACGUGGACGACGAUUGAUGGAGAGGUGGUUACAUGUGAUGAAGCUGACAACAUGAUGCAAAGCCUGGCGUUAAACAGAGAGAGAUGAACGACUAUUCUGUGCAUGACGAAUCGAACUUUAAAAUGCUAAAACAACGGAGUAAAAUAAAAAUAUGUAUAUUUGACUGAUCAAUCACUGUCUACAUAAGGAAUCAUGUCCUAAAGUUUAGGUCGAUGUUAUAGCUAAAUGAGUGCGAACUGCAGUAGUCAGCUCCUGUAUGAGAUUCCCCAUUGAUAUAUAUUAAAAAAAAAGAUUAUAUCUGUACAUCUAAUAUAAAUAUAUAUAUAUUGAUUUUCUAUUUGAUAACUUCCCAUGUAGCCCAACUAAUUAAGUUUGACAGUGCUCAAGAUACACCAAUAGGUUACCAGACCCACUUCCUGCUUGAUAUCCCUGCAGAGCUCACCUGGUGCUGACCUGUAGUCUGUGUGAUGAUAAUAAGGAUAAGUGUGAAACGUGUGACAUACUCAUACCAACAGGUGCAGAGUGGGAGUGACACCGAGCGCCUGCAUCACUCACCAUGGCUGUGUGUGUUUUUGUCUAUAAUGACCUGUAACGAACAGCUUGCCCACAGACCCACAA